CUAGGGAGAGGUUUUCACACCCUUUAUAAAGAAUGUUUCGUUCUCCUCCCCAAUCGAUGUAGGAUCUCAUAGUUUGUCUCUAGAUGACUAAAAGAAUGGGGUCCUAUGACCUGCUAGGGAAAAGAAGAGAUGUAAAGCACAAAGGAAGGAAUGUUGUUUGGUCAGUUGCAAUUGACAUGUGCCUCAUUGAAGUCCUUGCUAUGCAGGCCAGAAAUGGGAAUAUAAUGAACAGAUGCUUCAAUGUCAAUAGUCUUCUUAAGUUUAAAUUGAACAACCAGAAAGUUAUCAAUAAUCAAAAGCUUUUAGCAGCCUUUAAUCAGAAUGUCGCCUUUCCACCAUCCUCGACCUAUCUUCACUUCUUUGGAUCAAGAAAUAGGUGUACCAUUUCUUAUAAGGGCACACGCCCAUGUGAGACGACUCCGAGGGAAUUGCUCGAGUCGAUGGGCACAAACGAAGAUUGAAAACUAUCCACUGCAAAUCGGAAACUCAGAGACGAGUGCAUCAUUUCACUCCUCCAGCUCGAAAGAUCAAAUCGAAACAGAAUCCGUACACUAGACCGUUCGAAUAUGCAGAACUGCCCAAUAGUAGUCAUGACCCUCCACCAAACAACCCGCCUAGACAACAUUCGAAAAGGCCAUGAGCAUCUAAGCCUCUACUGCUAACAUAUAUUUGUCGUCUAACAAUCCAAGCCCACUGCUAAUAGAUAUUGUCCGCUUUAGCUCGUUACGUAUCGUCAUCAGCCUCACGAUUUUUAAAACACGUCUGCUAAAGAGAGGUUUCCACACCUUUAUAAGGAAGGGGACCUCAACGUCCUUGCCAGCAACCGCCCAAUGUCUGGUCGAUACAAUGAAACUAAGCAAACAUACAUACAAUAGAUGCCAAUGAACUCUUAAAAGCUGUGAUGAAAGGUGAUGAAAGGUUGAUGCUGUGGAGGAGGCCAAACAGAUGUAUGCAGCCGAGUAUUUGAACACAUAUCCAAUUAAAUCCCGAGCGCUCAACUCUCGAAUUAGGUUAAUAUACUACUCGUUUCAAUGAUCAAUGAUUUGAUUCUUAUAUAUCAUUUGAAAUUAUAUCGAACUUUUGUAUUUCUA